AUCAAGCUCCCAGUAUUUGACACAAAUCCCCACUUCUUACAUUUUGUGUUCUAAAUAUAGAAGUUCGUAGAGUUAUAGAAAGCUUUCCUGUAUCAUGUGCUACCCAUCAGCCAAGUAGUAUGCACAAAGUCACCUCCUGUCCUGGAAAUAUUGCAAUUCCAGCUCCUUACGUAACACUUGCUCUUUUUUGGCAUCUCAAAAUCUGUACAACACUGAAAUCUUUGGUGGAAUCUGGAUCCCAAUUCCGGACCCAACUCUUCAUUUUCUUCCACAAUUUCACCCUCUACUUCAAUUCAAGUGUCAGCCAUGAAUAAGCCAGCUUUAGAUGCAGAAAACACCGGUUUCAACACCAAUCGGAAUUCUCCUCGCAAAUCCAGCCAGCCGUGUUCUCCGUCUUCCCCUAAACUCUCAAUCUACCUCCUUGCAGUUUUCGUCAUACUCUUCGUUCUCUUCCAAAUCCAAUCUCUGCAAACCCCGCCUACUUCUCCAUGGGCUUUCAUGCACCAGUGGGAGAAAAUCGUCACCAACUCGUGCCUGUCGAGUUUCCACGACAGCUCACAAGAGCUGAAAGCCAUGGCAUCCAAACUACGAGAGUCCGUCACUUUUCUUCCCCUAAAGGAUCUCCGUUUUUCCCAGGCUGCCAUGAGAGGCCACACAUGGUUCAUGAGCUCCUUGUAUGACAUGCAUGAAGAAGGUGAAGUCCAAUACCAGCAAUUCCCUACGGAUCACUCAAGCGGUAGAGUUUUAUGCCUCAAGGGUCGGGACAGACACGAUGGUUCUUGGAACUCGUACGCCCUUGCGUGGCCUGGGGCUUUGCCGGACAAUGCCACCCUCAUGAAAGGCCUCACCUUCGUGUCGUAUAAUCACUAUGAUUACCAUAAUAUAUGGCACGGUUUGUCGGCCAUGAUGCCAUUUGUGGCUUGGCACAUCAAGAGCCAAUGUGCAGUGCCUAAAAGGUGGAUUUUGUACCAUUGGGGUGAAAUAAGGACUAGUAUGGCUCCGUGGGUGGGAACCUUGUUGGAAGCCACAUUCGGUGCACCAGUUGACAUCGAGACCUUUGAUGGGAUUCAUCAUAAUGAGUCGGAUGGUGGUGGUGAUUAUGAUGAUGCAACUUGCUUUGAGGAGGCUGUGGUGAUGAGGCACAAUGAAGGUGGGAUGUCGAGAGAGAAGAGAAUGGAAGUGUAUGAUCUGAUGAGAUGCCGGUCCAGGAUGUAUUGUAACGUGAGCUCGGAGGGGAGGCAAGAGAAGGGGUUGCGGAUCGGGAUGACAAUGUUGAUGAGGAACGGGCCAAGGUCGUUUAAGAAUGCAUCAGCAGUGAUUAGUAUCUUUGAGAAGGAGUGCCGGAAAGUCGAGGGCUGCCGGUUGAUGGUGGCUUAUCCUCAUAACCUCACCUUUUGUGAACAGGUGGAGCUGAUGAGCUAUACAGACAUAGUGAUAUCUGCGCAUGGGGCUCAACUGUCCAACAUGAUCCUCAUGGACAGAAACAGCAGCGUGAUGGAACUGUUCCCGAAAGGGUGGCUUGAACUCGCCGGGGUCGGCCAAUCCGUCCACCACUGGCUGGCCAGCUGGUCCGGGAUGAGACAUGAGGGUGCAUGGAGGGACCCCAUCGGCGAUCACUGCCCGUUUCCAGAGGAUGACCGCCGAUGCAUGUCCGUCUUCAAGAAUGGCAGGAUCGGACACAAUGAGAGCUAUUUUUCAGAGUGGGCGAGGAAUGUUCUCAAUGAUCAGGUGAAGUUGAAGAUGGCGCAGAAUGUCUCAAUUAGUCCUGUUUCUGGGCUCUGUGGUUGCAAAUGAUUGAUUCUUGGUAUAUAGUUUGGCGGAGAGUUCUGGUCUGGAUCUGGACUUGGGCGAAGUUGAACUAAUUACAUAAUUAUAUUCAUUGUAUGAUUAUAUUAGUCGAAAGGAAGAAUUUUCUUACAUCUCACGAAAUAAAUUAUUUAAUGAGCGGAUUAAAUGGAAUUUACAAGGGGAGUCAUGAGUGGUAUUCUUGUUGUUAAUGUUAUAUUUGGAUGUAAAGAUUUGAA